AGCUCAUUUAUGUGCCACACUAAAUAGUUGAAAAUCAACUUUGUGCUACUGAUACAGGGCCCACUACAUGGCGUGCUAGUGAUAAUAAUAGUCAAAAGAGAAUCGACUCUAAAUAAUUUUGAAAAAGAUAUGAAGAAAAUGUUACUAACAAUAUUCAUGACUGUUCCCCUUGACCAGUUUGUCCCGACUAGUCGAGCUCACCUACAACCCAUUCAAGCAAGCAACUGCACCUACCAAAAUCUCUCUCUCUCUCCCUAAAUUGCAAGCUCAAGUUGGUCUACAAUCUCUACGAGAUGCGCCGUCUUGUCGUCCUGCUCCUUGCCGUCUUGCUCCCCCAUGAAACCAGCUGCUCCGCCGCCGCAGCUUCCGGCGGCGGUAGCCAGUGCAGCCGCCGGUGCGGCACCACCACCGUCCCUUACCCUUUUGGCUUCUCCCCCGGCUGCCCCAUCCGGCUGUCCUGCGACGCCAGCGUAUCCACGGCGACCCUCCCAUACAUAGGAGAGAAAGGCACCACGUACCGCGUGAUAUCCUUCAACUCCACCACCUCCACCGUCGUUGUCGGCCUCUCGCCGUCGUGCAGCCGCAGCGUCCCCGAGGCCCGGAGGGCGCUCUCCGGGGGCAACUACGGCGUGUCGUCUCGCACGGGCCUUUUCCUCCGCGGCGGCUGCAGCGGGGUCAACGCGUCGGCGGGCGGCGGAUGCAGCGUGCCCGUGGACGUCAUGUCCAGGCUGCUCCGCACGGCGCAGUGCGCCGGCCUCGGCAACGACACCUCGCCCGCCGCGGUGGCGUGCGUCGCUUCCCCCCCGCCAAACUCCACCGCGGCGGUGCGUGGCCAGUUUCUGCUGUGGGAGAAGGUCGACAAGCGAAAGUGCGGCGACGUGCUGACCUCCACGGUGUUCGUGGUCACGGCGGAGGGGACGGCUACGCUGGAGUUCGGCGUGGCCGAGCUCGGCUGGUGGCUCAACGGGACGUGCGGCGCCGGCGGGGGCGAGCGUUGCGCGGCGAACGCGUCGUGCACCGACGUACGAACGCCUAGCGGGGAGACGGGGCACCGGUGCGGGUGCGUGGCGGGGAUGGAGGGCGACGGCUUCUUGGCCGGCGACGGAUGCUACCUCGCUAAGCGGGGUUUCAAGAAGAACGUGGCUUUCAUCGCUGCAGCAGGUGUGGUGGUGGGCGUGGCGGCGGCGGCCGGCGUGCUCCUGCUGCUAUGCUGGGCACGACGCCGGCGCUCUGUCGGCAAGGGGCGGCAGGGCUCAAGCCGGCUCGCGGCGAUGCGGCUGCUGUCGGAGGCGGCGACGUCGAGCGGCGUGCCGGUGUACUCGUACAACGAGGUGGCGCGCGCGACCAACUCCUUCUCCGACACGCACCGCCUCGGCACGGGCGCCUACGGCACGGUCUACGUCGGCCGGCUCCCGGCGAACUCGACGGCGCUCGUCGCCAUCAAGCGCCUCCGGUGCCGCCUCGACGACCACGACGACGGCGGCGGCAGGGCGGUGGCGCUGCUCCUCAACGAGAUCAGGCUCAUCUCCUCGCUCAGCCACCCCAACCUGGUCCGCCUCCUCGGCUGCUGCCUCGACCGCGGCGAGCAGAUCCUCGUCUACGAGCUCGUGCCCAACGGCACCCUCUCCCACCACCUCCACGGCAACGGCGACGGCGACUCCACGCUGCCGUGGCGCGCGCGGCUCGGCGUCGCGGCGGGCACGGCGGCCGCCAUCGCGUACCUGCACGCCGCGCGCCCGCCCAUCUUCCACCGCGACGUCAAGUCCGGCAACAUCCUCCUCGGCGCUGACCUCCGCGCCAAGCUCGCCGACUUCGGCCUCUCCCGCGCCGCCCGGGGCGCCGAGGACGCGUCGCGCUCGCACGUCUCCACCGCGCCGCAGGGCACGCCGGGGUACGUCGACCCGGAGUACCACCAGAGCUUCCACCUCUCCGACAAGAGCGACGUCUACAGCUUCGGCGUCGUGCUGCUCGAGCUCAUCACCGCCAUGAAGGUCGUCGACUUCGCCCGGCCGGCCAACGAGGUCAACCUGGCAUGCCUCGCGCUCGACCGGAUCGGCAAGGGGAGAGUCGAGGAGAUCGUCGACCCGGCGCUCCUCCGCCACGGCGAGGAGUGGGUCAUGGAGUCGGUCCGGCACGUCAGCGAGCUCGCCUUCCAGUGCCUGGCGUUCGACAAGGACGUCCGGCCGUCCAUGAGCGAGGUGGCCGCCGAGCUGUGCCGGAUCAGGGACGCCGCCCCAGACUCCGGCAUGACGGACCUCGUCGCCGACGUGGGACUCAAUGGACCAGACACCACCACGGCAAAGAAAGCCCGGUCGCCGGUGUCGGUGCAGGAGGUUUGGGUCAGCGACCGGAGCUCGCAAUCGACCAACGGCUCCAUGCCACGCUUUCCAUAGCCAAGUUAUAUCCCACGUGCACCCAACAUAGAUGAAAAUGUAACUUAAAAACAAUUUUUGGGGGUGAAGUUUUCCAUGGUGAAGAUUGUUGUACCUGUACAGUCGCACACAUGUAUUACCAGCACAAGAACAACUCACAGGUUCGAAGGGGAAACAGCACCAUAGAAAUCAGCAACUUAGGUUUGACCAACGCGACAAGAUUGCCACAAGAGCACAAACUUUGGUUUGAUCAUCAUCGCAACAAGAUCAGCACAAGAGCACAGACAGAGUUGUUCCCAUCCGAACCAUAUUCGCCGCAGCAUUGGAAAUACCCAGCAAUACUUUUACAAGUGAAUCAUAUUCGCCGCAGCAUUGGGAAUACCCAACAGUUUUACAAGCUACAGAAUCGCACAACUUAUCCGGACUUCGUUUCCUCCACCAACCGCGCCGGGCCACAUAGAGCUUAUCCACACUUUUGUUGUUCCUAUAAAUGCUGAACCCAUGGAGAGCGAAAGAGGCACACUAGCUAGCCCAGAACAGCACACUGCACUUGCCAACAGGGGCUCAGCGAUUCAUCUGAAGAAGAAGAAGAAUACAGGAUGUGCUACAAGGUGGAGUGCGACAAAUGCGGCAAGAUCACCUGGAAGGGGUGCGGCAAGCAUGUCGCGUCCGUCUACGAAGACAUCGAGAAAGGAAAGCACUGCACCUGCAAGGCGUGGCCGGGUGUUGACACGGAAGGGUCGUCCUCGAACACCAAAGAAGGUGGAGGAAAAGCUUGAGUUCUUGCACAAGGAUCACUAGUUUUGCAACUACUGGACUGAAGGAGACUGCAGUUUUGAAUAAAAGCUUGCCUCUGCUAUCUGCUCUGUAUUUGUUUCUGGCUUCUUCGCUGAAGUCACUUUUGAUGGUAUAAUAAAACAUUCUGCAGUUGAUUGA